UACCGUGUGACAUCAUGCAAUGGUUCUUUAUGAAGAAAGUGCGCUCGCAAGCAUAAACCAGUACAGCUACACACAUGCAGAGCUUUUGGCCCCGCCGUGGACUCCCAGCACCUUUCUUCGAUCCGAUUAAGAGGACGGUUUUCUUUCCAUUUUUACGCACGCAUGUUUUCACUGUAUAUUUAAUUUGACGGACUUACUAAUUGUAUGAAACGUCUCAUCAAUAGUGAAAUUGUUGCAAAAGACUGCAUGAGAGAAUAGAGUUUUGUGCCCCUUGGAAGUGGCCAAGACAAAUAGAUCCAGGAAAGAAUGACCGCUGAAACGCAUACAAAUCUGGCUCUGCCGAAAACCCCUUUGGGUUAUGUCAGUGAGUUCGACUUGAUGAAGUUCGAAGUGAAGAAGGAGACAAUGCAGGGGAUUGAUCACUCAUUCAUUGGGCCGUGCAGCGAGCUCCAGAGACCGGACUCAGUCUCCUCCACCCCGGUCAGCACCCCUUGCAGUUCGGUGCCAUCGUCACCGAGUUUCAAUCCGGGUGAGCAAAGGAACCCUGAUGAUCUUUACUGGACGCCCAGCAGUGGAGGUUAUUCACAGCAAAUGUAUCCCCACACUUUUGGCCUGACACCUGAGGACGCAGUGGAGGCCCUUAUCGGUACCACAGUCCACGGGCACCAACCCACUCCGAACGGUCACCAACAGGCUCUCCAAGCAGAAUUCGAAGGGUACGGGGCGGCACAUAACCUCAACGGCCAUGUCCAGCAGUACCCUGGACUUAUCCGUCAACCCGACGGUCUCUCGGGUCACCCUGAUAUGCAAGAUAUGCACUGCCAAAAUCAAUAUCACCACAAGCAGGACCUCGACAGCUCGGCUCCGCACUCACCCGACUCCCAGCUUAGUGCGCACCACCUCCAUCAGCAGAAUCGCCACGACAGACGACUCAACGUGGAGAGCGCCUUCUCGGACGACCAGCUGGUCUCCAUGUCAGUGAGGGAGCUCAAUCGGCACUUGAGGGGUCUGACCAAGGACGACAUGAUGCGUCUGAAGCAGAAGCGCCGAACCCUGAAAAACCGUGGUUAUGCACAAUCUUGCCGCUACAAACGUGUUCAGCAGAAACACGUUCUGGAGCACGAGAAGACCAGCCUUGUCACACAGGUAGAGCAGCUGAAGCACGAGCUCAACCGACUGGCACGCGAGAGGGACGCAUAUAAACUCAAAUGUGAGAAAUUGACUGGUUCGAAUGGUUACCAUGAAACUGGGUCUACCAGUGACAACCCUUCCUCGCCUGAGUAUUUUAUGUGAGUUUAUUCUUUGUACCAGCUACCAAAGUUAUUUUACUGAUUUUAUUGAUAAGCUUAUUUGUUUCAACAAUAUUAAUGAUUUCAUACCAGUUCUUGAUGCAAAUCUAUCAUUUAAUUCACCUUUUAAAAUGAUUAAGAAAAUAAGAUUUGUAAUAUGAAUCUAUAAUCAAUCAUGCAUGCUGGACAUGUAUGGAACUGUCUAUUUAGUAGGCCUAAACUUGUCUGUUGUCUUCGUGAAAAUACUUUAAAUAGUUCCUCUUACUUUUGUUAAAUUGAAAACCAGUCUGGUUUAUGAAAUUACAUUACAUACAGGAAUGAUGAUAUUACUUUUGACUUCAUGUACUAGGCAUUCUCUCAAUUUAGUUAUAAAUGGAUUCAUCCAUCAAAACAAUUUUGAAAUAAUUUUCAUUUUUUGUGUUCAAAUCUUCACUUGAGUGCUAUUCAUGUGUUCAUUCUGCCUGCUGUAGGCUGUCUAUUCUAACAAAUAUAAUGAAUACAUGGGUGAUGAUGAUGUAUCUCCUUGUGCUAGAUAUCCUUUUAUGUUAUAUUACAUUUUGAGGAGCUGGUUCUGCUGGCCAGAUGUGGCUAAUGUUUUGUUUUCCUUUCACAUACUUUUUUGUUAAUUGUACAAGAAAAAGAGCUAGAUUUAUUUUUAUUUUUAUUAAUGAUGCAUUAUUGCCUGCAAAUGACCAUAAUUGUUUUGUUACCUGUCCAGCUGUGUUGAAAUAUAUUAUCAUCUGCUUUAGACUUGUAAAGAUCAAUAAAGCCAUUCAUACUUUUA